AUGUUAUUGGGCCCAGCUCGAACGCGACUACGCGUGACCACAACAUCAAGUCUACGGGCGCGGGCAAAGAAUCCAUAUUCGAGUAGGGGCUCUAGCUCAGGCUUAGACUCAUUCUCGAACGCGAUGAUAUAUAUGAUGGUUGCCGGCGUAGUCGGUACGCCAGGACUUUGGUGGUUGGUAAAUACUCUCGACGAUGCGACGAGAGACGAUGCCCCACAAAUUGAAAAUCCUCCAAGCAAGCACUGGAAUGUUGAACCAGGUCCUUCUAAAGACCAAGUGACCCGUAUCAUUUCGCAAGGAGCAUAUUCAUUUCUGGUCCGAAACGUUGCCGGCAUCAGCAGAUAUGAUGGUGCUCAGUUAGCUUCUAAUAGCCCGUGCGAGGAUCAGUUCACCCAUGGUAAAUUUCCUUCACCAUGGAAAGAAGGCAACCAAUGGAUGGCCUGGGCUGUCUUUGAUGGCCAUUCGGGCCUGCAAACAUCAGAAUUGCUAAAGAAGGAACUUCUCCCUUUUGUCCGGCACAGCCUGGGUCAAAUAAAGCUAUCCUCAGCCUCAAACACCGCACCAGAGGAGUUAGUGCACUGUGCUAUCAUCAAAGGUUUUACCGACCUCGAUGAUUCCAUUAUAAAAACCGCUCAGGAUACGGCUCAAAGUGAAGGAUCGUUGCAGGAGAAAGUAAAGAAACUAUCCCCCGGUUAUUCUGGCUCAUGCGCUUUGCUCUCCAUGUACGAUUCCACCACAGGCACACUGCAUGUAGCAUGUACUGGUAAUUCGAGGGCUGUUUUGGGGCAGCAAAUGCCAGACGGAAGGUGGAAAGCAAUACCAUUAUCAGUAGAUCAGACUGGCAAGAACGAAGAAGAAAUUGCCAGGCUUCACAAAGAGCACCCGGAUGAAGGAGAUAUGAUUAAAAAUGGACGGGUGUUAGGAAUGGCGGUCUCACGAGCCUUUGGUGAUGGACAGUGGAAGUGGCCUCUUGGAUUCCAGAAGGAUGUGCAACGAAGAUUUUAUGGUCCACCGCCGCUGGUGCCAAGAUACAACAUUCGAACGCCCCCCUAUUUGACGGCUGAACCGGUCGUGACAAGUAUCAAGAUCGACCCUGGGAAUCCUUCAUUCCUGAUCAUGGCAACAGAUGGCUUGUGGGAUAUGCUCUCUAGUCAGCAGGCAGUAGAUCUAGUGGGGAAAUGGUUGGAAUUCAAACCGACUGAGAAGAGGAACAGCAAGCUAGAGCCAACAUAUGAACCAUUCGACUUCGGCCAAUUCUGGAAUGGAGUAAGCUGGAAGUUCGUGACGGGCAGAACAAUAGUCCAAGAUGACAACGUUGCUGUUCAUCUGGUGCGAAACUCACUAGGUGGAAAUCAUCACGAGUUGAUAGCAGGUCGACUCGCCUUCAGCUUUCCAUCCUCCCGUCGUCUACGCGACGAUACCACAGUGCAGGUGGCUUUCUUUAAUUCCCCAGAUCUUGGAAAAGAAAAGUAG